GCAAAAUAGGUAAAGAUUCGUUCAGAAUUUUUAAGCUCAGGUUUUGUUAAAGAAUUCAAAGAAUUCACUAAGACAUCAAAAUGGUCCAUUGGACAGACGCCGAGCGCCAUAUCAUCGCCGAAGUCUGGGGAAAGAUCAAACCUGAUGAGCUCGGACCACACGGCCUGGCCAGACUCCUGAUUGUGUAUCCAUGGACCCAGAGGUAUUUCGCUUCCUUUGGUAAUCUAUCAAAUGCCGCAGCUAUCACAGGAAACCCCAAGGUGGCUGCUCAUGGAAAGGUUGUCAUUGGUGGUCUGGAGAGAGCUGUGAAGAAUUUGGACAACGUUAAGGCCACCUACGCUAAGCUGAGUGAGCUUCACUCUGACACACUGCACGUGGAUCCCAGCAACUUCACGCUUCUUGCUGACUGCCUCACCGUAAAUCUGGCUGCAAAGCUCGGACCCGCCGUCUUCACCCCUGAAGUGCACGCGACUUGGCAGAAGUUCCUGAACGUCGCCGUGGCUGGUCUGGGCAAGCAGUACCACUAAACAAAAAGCAGAAUAUAAAGAUCUGCAGGUCUUUUCUCUGUGACUAGAACAUGAAAUAAAACGUUAAACACGCA